GCAAAUGAUGCAAAUUGCAUUUGGGUAUAACUGCUUUGCUGUAGCUCUGUGCCUCCUAUCGACAUCGUACGUUCUACAGUAUUUGUCCAUCAAUUGCAGUAGUAUUUAAAACUGGGAUACACACUUUUGGUUGAAAUUGCAAGAGACAGUCCAAUUUUUACAGUUUAAUGCAACAUUAUAUUCUUUAUAAGAACAUUAGGAUCAGUAAGAACAUGUGGUGUUAUGAUUCCACCUUCAAGAUCAUCUGUUUACUUCUGGAAUAGUUAUGCCUCCACAAGUGUUUAGCUAUGAAUGUUCUUGUGGUUAUACUAAGAAAUGCACAAACGCAUUCUAGUUCAGGUGGACCUGCAUCUGUGAUCUUUUUAUAAUAUUGCCUUGUAGUAUAUAGAGCUUUAAGGUUUACAGAUAUAUUUAUCCAACUAAUUCAAAUGCCAAGCCAGCCAAUUCAGUGAUUUGUAGACUAGGACACGUGAGUAGGCAUGGUGUUGAGUCCACAAGAUGUUAGGAGGUCUAGAAAGUCUUGACAGCUCUUAUAUCUGCUCAGUGGCAUUCUGGUGGGCACUAGGAUGGACAACUGGUGUACCGGACAACGUAAAAGCUGUUGGCAUCUAUCAGUAAAUGUCAAACGGAACUUUACAUUGAUAUCAUUCUAUUUAUAUCAACAUGGUACUGUGGCACCGUUAUUUGGUCAAAUUUUAGCCAUUGAGUUGGAAUGGUGUGACAUGUUUUUCAUCACAAUGAUAAACAUGUCUGCCUUGGAAAUUGAACCUCAAAGAGCUGUAAUUGGGCAGGUAAUGGCAUAACCAAUGGCUUGAAUUACAUUGAAUAACAUCUCUACUAAACUACAAGGCACAUUGAUUUAAAUUGAAAUGAUUGAUAAACUGAUCUGGUUUUAAUCAUGCUCAGAUUCAUCUUGCACACUCAAAGCAUGGUGACACUGAAGCUAAUUGUACAAUGUCAUGUGCUCUUAAGAGACAAUGGGUCUGUUUGCAUAUGGGAGCAGACAUCAGCAAAAAAAAUAAUUAAGCAAAUUGUAGAGAAAAUCCCAGGGGGAUACUAAACAAAUGGAGCAUGAGAUGAGAUUUUGUAUUUUAUGUAUUGUACUUACAAAUAAUAAAUGAUGCAGGCGCAAUGCGUCGUUUUCCUGGUAUAAUGUCUUGGUUUAUUUUCUGAGCAAAUAAAUACAAUAAGAUAUAUAAUAAAUGUCUAUAUAAUUAUUAGAUAAGAAAGUUGUUAAAAUCGUAUUCAUAUUUGAGGUCAAAUUUGUAUUUUUAAUAACGUUUUUUUUAAAAUAAAUGUUAUACUGACAAAAUAAUCAAAAUUCGUGUAAAUGAUUAAUAAAUAUUAAACAUGGUUAAGUUUCAACAAAUAAGAAUUCAUAGCCAUUUCUUUAGAACUCCAGAUAUUUUUAUUAUGAACGGUUUGCGACACAACAUUUGAAAGCUGGGCGACCCCAACGUUUUCUUUCAAAUGUAAUGUGGAUUUUGUCUUCACGGUACGGCGUGUCUUUCCGUUUCAGAAGGUGGUCCCUCCUUCUCAAUCAGCCGCACUUGCAUGAGAGUGGUGAGCGCGUGGACGGCAGGUGAGAGCUGCUUAUGAAAGUGGACACACUGCACCAAGAAAAAUUCCACCCCGGGGUGAAACUGGAAAGGACACGUCACUGGACUAUUUAAAACUUGGGAAUAAUACUUUUUGCUGUUAGGCUUGAUAAGUAACAGUUAACAAGAAUGGUAAAUAGAAAUGUUAUCCUAUUAAUGAGAAACAAGGGCGCAUAACGUGAUCUGUCAACUAUCUGAGCACAAGUUAAAAAUUAAGACGUCCUUGCGUUGCGGUAAAUUUGUGCUAUAGCCGGAUAAUAAAACAUCAGUUAAGAUGAACAGCACAUUGGUGUCGCCACUCGUGGAUUCAUGUUAUUCGUGGGACAACACCAGUAAUAACAGUGAGCCUGUCGGAUGCAAUUCGAUUACCAUCUUCAAUAUCAAUGGAUCGUAUACAGAGCUGAACAUUUCCACCUGUGGUCGACUCCUAUUAGAAAUUCUUAUUAUCCUAAUGUGUCUAGGAGCCGUAACAGGUAAUAUUUUGGUGAUUAUCAUUGUUGCAGUUACGAAGAAUUUCCACUCGGUGAGCUCCGUGUUAAUCAUUAACCUGGCUGUAAGUGACUGCCUCAUCGGGAUCGGGGUCAUGCCCUUUGUUGCUUUGACAGUGAUGUACGACGGAUGGGUCCAUUCUACCGAUUUAUGCUACUAUGUCGGCUACACAUCUUCUGUGUACUGCACAGCCUCCAUUCUUACUCUGGCUGCAAUCGCCUUGGAUCGCUACCACGCCAUCAUAGACUGCUUACAUUAUAGUUCUCAGAGCACUGUGUGGAGAAAUGUUGCUGCUGUGGUCUGGAUCUGGCUGCAAGCUGCCAUCACCUGCUGCCCCCCACUACUGGGCUGGAGUAACCUGGGUUACAUCCCACCCAUGUACAGCUGUUCUGUGGAGUGGCCCACCAGCCUCAGCUACACAGGAUUCGUGGCUGGGUUUUCAUUUUUGCUUCCUGCCUGUGUGAUGGUGUUCUGUUACGUUAAGAUAGUCAAAGUCGCUAGAGGACACGCUAGAAGGAUCCACGACAUGGAACACCAUCUACAAAGAAACGGCCCAAACGUGUCAGAAAGGGAGAAACCAACUUUCUUGAAGCUGAUCUACUACGUGAAUUCAAAAAUGUUACCCGAGCUUCCCUCAGACAGCGCUCCGAGCAAUUCGGACGCCUCUUUUCAUUUGCAUGGUGCCUCAAAACCUGGGAAGGCCCACCACGGCAUAUUCUCCAGGCACGGCUCCCACAGCAGGGAGCAUCAUGGGGUCUUCCGCCUCUUCCUUGUAAUAUUUGCUUUCUUCUGUUGCUGGAUGCCCUUUAUUGUCGUGUCAUUGGUGCAGGCCAUUGAAACUGCUACCACUCAGGAACCCACGCAAAUCCCCUCAAACGUCAUAACGCUUGUGUACUGGCUGGCUCUGCUCAACUCUGACAUCAAUCCUCUGCUCUACGCCUUGCUCAGCAAGCGCUUCCAAAAAGCCCUUAAAAACCUGCACCAGAAACUGAAAGCAAAGAUGAGCAGGCACACAGGGGAGCACCAAGUGCAGGAAGUCCACCAUUCUAUGAAGCCGAGAGGCAGUUCUAAUAUCGCUGUGGUUUGCCGUGGCAGGUGCUGCAACUCUCCAGCGCUCUCCGUUGACUCCUUUGUACCGGCGGGGUGCAAAGAUCACCUUCACAACUAUCUACCAGGGAGUUUCUCCCAGCUCCCUCCAGGCACUUACCCACAAAACAUACAAGAGGAAAGGACCAAAGACUGUGCUUGUUUAAACCCUGAGGCACUUUCCCAACUGCAAGUUCCUAAAAAUCACUUGGAAAAUGAAAGGCAGGUUUUGCCACUUGUAACAGUAUGUGAAAUACCGUCAACUUUUGUUUACGGAAAAAUAACAGUUAAGGUGGAACAUGAGAAAUGACUGGCAGGAAACUUGACUAUUAUGGAGCAUGCAUUUAUUUCUUCCACCUUAAAGAGCAACAUGGUAUGGGUAUGAAAUAGCACACAGUUGUGUUAAGUAAUGUAUUCUUGUUGCUUUGAAUCUGUGUAGUCAAAAACACCACUGCGUCCUCUGUGAGCUCUCAAAAGCUCUCGUCUCUGUUCCCCCUGCAACACUGCUCUCCAGUGGAUGAAAUAAAUACAUUUGUUCUAUAUGGUAUUUCUUGUGUCUUGUGAUGCGUUUCUUACACAUAGGGGCAGGGUGUUGCAGGGGGGUCGGGGUGGGGGGUUACACUUGUGAUGUACUUGGAGCAUAGGCAUGAUUUUGAGAACUUUUUUUUUUCUAUCAGGUAUUGACAUUAUUUACUGUAAAUCUGUCAUAUGUAAAAUAAUAAUAUUGUAUGUACUGCAUAAACUCUAACUCAUUUAUCACCCUAUAUAUAUAUAUAUAUACACAUAUAUAUUUUUUUUUUUCUUAAGUAAAAUGUAUAUAAGUGAAAAAAAACUGAUGACAGACAUUAAUCUAACCUAUAAAAUACUGACAAGUAUAAGAAUUUGAAUAUUCUAAAUAGUCUAAGAAAGAGAAUAUUCCAAGUUUCCCAAUAGAACCAAGCAUGGUAGUUAAACAUCAUUCUGCCAUUAUAAGGAUGGGGGGCCCCAUAAUCAUGUUCAAUUUUAUACUAAAAUAUAAUUCUUAAAUUUACAUUAAAAAACAAGCAAGGAACAGAAAUAUCUCCCAUCACAGUAAUAAUGCUGGUAAUGGUGACAGGUUGGGUUAUUCAAUGGAACAAUAUCCUGGUCCUGGACAGCCAUAGUCCUGCAGGUUUGCUGGGUAUCUUUAAGUCAUCAAUGGUUAAAGACCUGGGAAAAAAAUGAGUGUUGACCAAUUAAGAAAAUAAUUGGUUCAAUGAAGCAAUUGAGAACUCAGGUGGAAUGAAAACCAGAAGACACUAGUCUAUGAGAUACACAUUAUAAAAUAGUAUGAUUUUGUUUCUCAUAAAACUGUUGGCAAAAAAAAAAAAAAAAAAAAGCAGAUGU